GGCAGGAUCCACUUCUAAUAAAAAAGAAGAAUCGCCUUGGGAAUUGGAAUAUCCCCACCUCUCCUCCCACCAUUUCUCCUCUGCUCUCCACCUCCAAGCUCGCCCCCACUCCCCAGCAAUGGCCAGCUCUUCGCACGCCCCUCUCUUCGUCCUCUUCCUCUUACUCUUGAUCCCCUCCCUCCGCACCGCCCCCAACGCCACCGCCGUCGUGUCCAGGAUCGCAUUCGGCUCCUGUGCGAACCAGAGCGCGCCCCAGCCCGUGUGGGAGGCUAUCGUGGAGUUCGACCCGCAGGUCUUCAUCUGGCUAGGGGACAACGUCUACGGGGACAACAAGCGCCCGUUCCGGGUGUUCGGGAGGGAGCGGACGGUGGGGCCCUGGAAGAACGUGCCGCGGUUCUACCCGGCAACGGAGGAGGAGCUGCGGAGGAAGUACGAGCUGGCCAAGGCCAAUCCCGGGUACACCAAGCUGAGGGAGAGAGCUCAGGUCAUUGGAACAUGGGAUGACCAUGAUUAUGGAUUGAAUGAUGCAGGAAAGGAGUUUAGUGGGAAAGUUUUUACUCAAAGGCUUCUAUUAGAUUUCUUGGAUGAAGCUGAAGACAGUUCACGGAGGCAACAAGCCGGUGUUUAUACAUCAUACAUGUUUGGUCCUGAAGGAAAACGGGUAAAGGUAAUUAUGUUGGAUACUAGAUAUCACAGAGAUCCACUUUUAAGCGAUGGAUCUAUACUUGGAGAUCCUCAGUGGCAGUGGCUGGAGAGGGAGCUACAUGGUCCCCAGUCAGAGAUUACUAUCAUUGGAUCUUCAAUCCAGGUAGUGUCGAAUCUUUCUGCCACUACUGGACCUUUGUUCUAUGUGGAGUCAUGGGCACGCUUUCCAAGGGAGAGAGAACGGCUGUUUAGAUUGAUUGAUAGCAGUAAGAGAAAUGGGGUGUUAUUUAUUAGUGGUGACGUACAUUUUGGAGAAAUUGCUCGUUUCGACUGUGGUGCUCAAUAUCCAUUGUAUGAUAUUACCUCAAGUGGUCUUACCCAAUCUGUCGAGAAUUCUGUACCAGCAGUAUUUCGGUCUAUUAUGAGACUCCUAGCUGUCCUGACACCAACCCCCAUGCGAGUUUUUACCCCUAACUGCCGUCACAAAUCUUGCUCAUAUGGCCAACCAAAUUUUGGCGCAAUUGAAAUAGAUUGGAAUUCAGUACCUCACCAUAUUAAAGUUGAACUAAGAGAUGUACAGGGUAAUUCUGUUGGUGGUGUUCAGUUCCCUAUAUCUGAGCUACAGCCAUUGAACACAGUUUUGAACAAAAAACAAGGGCAUUCUUUUGAACUUCAUUGUACUCUCGAAACAGAGCUUCCAUGGCUGGUGCGCUACCGCCUUGCUCUACUGUUCUUUGGCACCAUUGCUGGUUUUGUCAUAGCUGUUGUGCUACUCAGUAUUGCCUGCUUGUCAGCUACUAAUAUUUGCCCUAAGAAGUGCAAGACGUCAUAGCUACACACUGCAGAGGACCAAGGCAGAGGUUUUCGGUCUGACCUGAGUUGCAAAAACUGAAUUAGACACUGACCAAGUGACCAUGGAUGUUUUUGGCUAAGAAUCAAUAUGCCACUUCAAUGUGAAUAUAGCAUGAUGUGCAGUGUGCACAAACUGGAUAAAUGUAACGUAGCUACGAUGAAUUUUGAGGGUGUAUCCUGUGCACAAGCCUCGUGGUGCAACUGCUGCGUACUUUUUCUGACGACUUUCUGUAUAGCAGCAUAUUGGAGAAAUUAUCUGCGGGGAUUACUUUGGUUGCCGAUGAAUGUAUAGACUGUUCAUCUA